GCGCAGCUACUAGUUACGUUAUGCAGAUCCAACGCUGGUUGUCGACAGUCAGAAUCGAUAUGAAGCGAUUAUAUGCAUUUCUUCUGACUGCUGCUUUGUUGGUGACAGGGGGGUAUGCGUCGGACUAUAUUGUCCAGGGAAAAGGGGCAUCAACGAAGGCAAGUCAACUCUCUAGGAUUUUAAAGAUUCUCCUCACUCCAUGUUCCUACACGUACAGUUCCUGCAGGAACCCAUAUCUUGAUGUUGUGUUUGCAUUGGACGCCAGCAGCAGCAUUAAUUCAACACAGUUUCAGACACAGAAAGAUGCAUCAAAGUUUAUUGCCACAAUCGUUAAUAUCUUCCGUCGCAUUCGCCCUGGUGGAUCCCGUGUGGGUGCCUUGACGUUUGCCGAUGAUGUGAUGAGAAAGUUCGAGCUGAAUGAACACACUGACUUGGCCAGCGUUAUAGCUUACAUAGAUGCAAUUGAUCAAAGCGGUGGUCUAACGAACGGAAAACUGGCCUUGGAAACCGCGCAGCUCAUGUUUGAAGAAUUUUUCGUGAAAGAGAACGUGAAGUUAAUAUGGCUACUUACCGAUGGAGUGUUCACCCAUGGCAGUCCGCGACUGAGAGCAACGCACAUUAAGAAACUAGGUUGGUUUAUCUGCGUGAUUGGUAUUGGUAACAAUGUGAAUGACGAGGAACUUAAAGCCAUAGCCUCCCCAGGCUGUUAUUUCAAAUAUAGAAGCUUCCCGGAGUACUUGCAAGUUGUAGGACUGGCUCGGUCCCAACUCCAAACCCGUGUCUAUGGUGGAUUUUAAUGUCUUUGUGCGUGAUCGUAAUACCGUCUCUAUACGAUAUCAUUUAUCUGCACAGCAUUGUAUAAGAAACCAUAGGAAUUGUAAUCAAAAUAGUCGAAAACCAACAUUAUUAAAGGCUUAUGAAAUAAUGACGAUACCAAUAAAUGCCCGUACCUUAAAACGUGUC